AUGUCUCACAACGACUUGACCAUCGAAGGACAGCCGCGUCCUUCAUCCGUCCGCUCGAGCGGCAAGGAGGCGUCUUUCGACCUCGAGAACUACUGGAAGACUCUGUCGGGACUCGAGAGUACAGCUUACAGCGAUGGACUGAAGAUCAUCAAGUGGGCCGGACGGCUGGAGCCAAAGUUGGAGUUUGACACCCGGGCAUCUGGCCUUCUCUUCGAGUCCCCGCUGCAAGUCCAACAUAUCUGCGACGAGCUCCGUGCUCGCCUGAAAGUCAUCCCGUGCAUGAUGACUUUUUCCGACACCGACACCGAUUACGAACGUUCCCUGAGUCGCCUCAUCCAGGCCAUAUCAGCCGAUGCAGACACUCAGGUCGUUCUCCGAACGCCUUCAAUCGUGAUGGUGACUUCGGACUCAAAAUGUUACAGAAUCGCCGAUGGCAUUGCGCAGGCGGGACAAAGACAGGCCACGGCCGAGAUGUUCAGCGGGCUCUCGACCUUGUCGCCGUACGCCGUCUUUGCCGAGGACUGGUCGCUUCUGGUCAGCAGCUCUGGUGCUUUACAGCCUGUCAGCAUCGACAAGAGCCUCACUUCGGCGGUUAUAGUGCUCACUCACGGCUCGCACCUUGUGGUCACCUUCGAGAGGUCCGACUCCAACGCCAAAGUCAUGGACCGCAAGGACACCUUCAAGACAACGACUGCGCUGUUGCGAGCAUUGAGCGGACCUCAGUUCCUCCACCAGCAGCCGGGUCAAGCAGUCUACAUCGCAAGUGGCCAGCCCUACUUCGUGCUUACCCUGGAAGCGGGGGCGUACUUUGUGUACGAUUGCGCCAAUCCCUCGAAGAACGGUUGGGAGCUCACGAUCCGAGCUCGCGAAGAUACGCUCGAGGGAUUCUUCGACCCAGACGAAGAAAUCCUCGACCCCGUUGCAGAGAGGACUCCCCUCUAUCAAGCACUGCAGCGAAUCAAGGCAGAGAUCGACCUCUGGAGACGCUCGGUGUCUCUCCUGCCCAGCGAGAGACGUCCGCGUCUCGAUGCCAUCUCGCGAUCCGAGGGCGAGAGCUUCCUCGCCAGGCUGACCGUCGUCCGUGACCAGGUCAAAGAAACCUACCAGCAGUGCUUGGCUCUUGCCGCCCCUGACGCGGGCGGUGCUGGUGAGAAGAGACCCGCCAGCGACGUGGUCGAAUCCGAGCCACCUCCUAGGAAGAGACCGGCGACUGGGUCGUCCAGUACGAUUAAACAAGAAUCGCUCUAA